AUGGUUCUCCGAGUCUCCAGCACCCCCGACGCGGUCGGCGCCGCCGUCGGCCAGCUCAUCUUCGACCUGAGCAAGCAGGCCAUCGCCACACACGGGCGUUUCACGGUCGCGCUGUCCGGCGGCUCGCUGCCCAAGAUCCUCAACAAGGGCCUGCAGGCCAUCAAGGGCGACGUGGACUUCUCCAAGUGGUUCGUCUACUUCGCGGACGAGCGCUGCGUGCCGCUGGACCACGACGACAGCAACUACAAGGCCUGCAAGGCGGCGCUCUUUGACUUUAUUCCCGUGCCGGCGAGCCAGAUCUACACCAUCGAUGCCUCUCUGACCCCCGAGGCCAUGGCCGUGGACUACUCCAAGAAGCUGGCCGAAGUCUGGGGCAGCGACCUGCCUCGCUUCGACCUGAUCCUGCUGGGCAUGGGCCCGGACGGCCACACGUGCUCGCUGUUCCCGGGCCACCCGGUGCUGGAGGAGAAGACGCUGUUCGUGGCGUCCAUCGAGGACUCACCCAAGCCGCCCCCGCAGCGCAUCACGCUAACCUACCCGGUCGUGAACAACGCCGCCAACGUCGCGUUCGUCGCCACGGGCGCCGGCAAGGCCGAGCUGAUGCCGCACAUGAUCGGCGUCGAGACGCGCACGCCGCCGCUCCCCGCCGCCAACGUCAAGCCCACGGACGGCGUCGUCUACUGGUUCAUCGACGAGGACGCGGCCGCCAAGCUCUCGGACGAGGCCAGGAUGUAG